AGGGAUUUGUUUAGCAUAACUAAGGGGUCCCCGCGUAGGAAUUAAAUCUGAUUAAAACUUAUUUGCAUAAAAACGAUGCGCCUGUUUUUUGCAGCCGUCCCAUGCAAGUGUGGUCGGAGGUCGUCCUACGUCCUAAGGCCAUCCAUUUUCAAACAUGGGGAGUUCCAAACAAAUAUUGAGCCCUAUGAAAACGGGCAGUUGCUUUUUUUCAAUUCUCGCAUACUCUGUUGUUCUGGACGUUUGAAGCAUUCGUUUUAGCGCUGUUGCUUGUUUUUUUCGGAUUUCAUUCCUCCUUUCACUAUUUAUUUGCCUAAUUUUCAGGUUCUAGAGCUUGUCACGUGCUAAAACCCCAGGAGUAGCAGGAACAAUUUCAAAAUUUCCGGGAAAAGUUUCCAGCCUCUUUACCAAGUUGUUAAUGCGAGGCAACAUUUUAUUUGUGACUGCAAGUGGGAUGCUUGACAAGAAGUUUUUUUGCCACAGAAUCAAUUUCAAGUUGUUUGUCGAAGUUUUGACAGGUAUGGUAAGCAGAAGGAGUGGGUUCAAAAGACUUUAUUGGUGGUAUCAUUCCCAGGAGGAUUCAGCAAAUUGAACAAGGGAAAACCCUAAUAUGGAUUUGAAAUAAAAUGAAAAUAAAUCAUUGACUAUUUGGCUAGUGGAUUUUUGCUAUCAACCAUGAUGUCGUCAACGACUGAACACAAUUUGUGCGGAACUAGUGAUGACGUAAUAAAUAAAGCUUUAGUUUCCAUUCCUCCACAACGUGAUUGCUGUGAGGGUGGUCAGCGUUUGAACGAUUUAGAUUGCAAAGAAUCCAGUUACAACUUUGCAGAUACCUCGAGACUGAAAAAGCCUCAAUCAUUGCACGAUGUUUAUGCCAAAAAGCAUGAGAUUGCUCGUGGUAAUAGAACGAUGUUAGAUGGCGCCCACGUUUCAUAUACACAAUGUUCGGCUAUAAAGGAGGAAGAAUCUUUGACAACCACAAGCUCUUGCAACAAGGUGGAUGAUGGUCGGCUUGAUACUGAUAGCAAGAGUCCUGGGGAGGAAACUGCUUCACCUAAUGCAGUCUAUAGUAUGUGUGUGAAAUGUGGCAAGUUCUUUUUGCCCUGUGAUCUUGUCGAAAGUGACGCUAGCACUUUGUGCAAGCGAUGUUCGUUUUUGGAGCCAGAUACGUCUGACGGUAUAUACCUUGAUAGUAGGAGAGCAAGUUCGUCGAACGAACGUUUAUCUAAUGAUGUAGAGAAUAAUCUUAACGUUCAAAGUGGUAAUCCAGAGGACACAGACGACGGUUCAAAAGAACACAGCUGCGAUAUCUGUGGUAAAUCAUUUACUAGGAUUUAUGGUUUGAAAAUUCACGCAAGGAUUCAUAGCGGAGAACGACCAUUUUCGUGUGGCAUUUGCAGGCAUUCGUUUUAUACGAUCGGGCGUCUUAAUGCCCAUCAACGUGUCCAUACGAAGGAAAAGCCUUAUAAAUGCUCACAAUGUGACGAUAGAUUCAGUUCGUCCAGUUCACGAGCUCGACAUUUUAGGAUUCACACAGGAGAAAAGCCGUUCAGUUGUGAAUUUUGCGAUAAAACUUUUCAUUGUUCAACAAACUAUGCGAAACACUGGCGCUCACAUACGGGCGUAAAACCCUAUAAGUGUGAAGUGUGUGGUCAGUCUUUUAGAGACAACAGUGGCCUCACAGUGCACAAGAGGCUACAUUCAGGGGCAAAACCGUAUGCAUGCGAAACAUGUGGAAAGUCCUUUCGUACUUCAGCGCAUUUGAUUAAACAUCGCAGAGUUCAUAGUGGAGAAAAGCCCUAUAGUUGUGAAUUCUGUGAAAGAACAUUCAGUGAUUCAAGCUCGAGAAACAGGCAUAGGAAGCUCCACGACUAAAAGUAAAUAUAAAGAGGCUUUACUGGUGGUUCACUUAUCAAUAUUUUGCAUUUGGCACAAAAAUGCGGCUAAAGCCCCCAAGCCCCCCUGCUCCGCGGUGCCUGUAAUGGAUAUCAUCUAGCACCAAGCUGAUAUAAAAUGUUUCUUUUAUCUUCUUAGUACGUAUAUGAUUUUGAUAUUUACCGACAGGGGUGUAGUGGGAGUAGAUAGAGUCAAAUCACUUCCACAGAAUGACUUUUACUGACAGGAGGUCGGUGCUAAAGAUUCCUACAAAGUCUGACGAAGUAGCAAUUUUUCCGAAGUUGCUCGAGGAACGUAGUGCUUUAGGGAGCCCAUAGCCUCCUGGCCCCAGCCACUGCACCCGUGUUCUUUGGCAUGGCAUAGAUUAUUAAUAGCUAGGUUAAUUAUUCAGAUUAAUAGUUAUUUAAUUUUUAAGCUGAUAUUUCCCAACAAGACAACCUUUAUUCUAUUUGAUAAUGAAUGUGCGGAAGUUUGCAUUUUUGAUAGCAUUUUUUAUUCAAAAAGAUGCACAGUUUCCAUAUUUAAAUAUAUGAUUCUCUGGUCCAUUUUGGAGAAAAUCAAGUAUAUGUAUUUCAUUGAUAUAAAAAUACGUCGCCUUAUGUAAUAACUCAUUUCGGAUUUCAAGUCGUAAAUUAUUAGCUGAGUAAAAGGGGGCAGGAAGGCCCAAAUUGUUAUUUAAAAAACUCAGAGAAAUAAGGCUAACCAUUUCAAUGCAUAUAGGAUGGGUAUGUUGAUGUGGUUUAAACCAGCGGUUAGUUCUUUUAAUUCAUUACCAAUCCAGUUUGAUACUGUAGUCUAUUAAAAUCUUCUAUAGUUGAGACGACCAUAACAAAAGAAGAUAAUAUUAAGCACACCCCUUUAAUGUUACUGUGCGAUAUCAUAUUAUCUCGGUAUCAAGGUUAAUCUCUUGUUUUGUAAGAACACAUUGUCUAAGAACGCCGAGGCUCGAUUUGCCAAAUAAAACAAACAACCCAAGAACGUGCCCAGCAUAAGAUGAAAAAUUGGAAGAAAAAGCAAAGUUUUUUGAGAAUUUUCUCUUAUGUUAACAAAACAAAGCAUAUUUUAUCACCUAGUCAACCGUAGUACUAAAGAUAUCAUGCGAAAAUGUUCUUUAGUGGUCAUAAAUACAAUUUAAAGAAUUUAGCUGUAGUUAUGGAAGUGUUGAAAAAAGAAUGACAUUUAGAACACUCAAGCUUCAGCAAAAAUUAACUUGUUCUUUUUGAAAAGGUUGCAUUAGAUAUCAAGUUUAUCAGAUAUUA